GGUGGCCAGGCCCAGCUUCGCCGUGGCGCCCGUGGGGCCUGCCCCGAGGCCCAGCAGCCCCCGGCCCAGGCCCGAGGCCCCUCUUCCCCCCCUCCCAGCCCUCCCUCCCCUCAGCGGCCCCUGUCUUCCGGAAACCCCCAUCUCCAAGGGAGCCACCGUGUCCCAGAGAGUCAGGAUGCCCUGGCCAUGCCACUGGACGGCAGCCAUGGGCCCUGGGGCUUCUGGCUGCCAUCGCCACCGGCGUCCGCCCGACGGUGAUGAGGAGGCGUCGUCGAACGGGCAGAGGCCUCGGUGCUGCGUCAUACUUCGCAUGCUGAUUUGUUUGCUUUGUUGCAGGAACUUGUUUUCCUUUUAACCUCUCGAACACAUCCCUAUUUUGUUUUACAUGUUAGAUCGCACACCUCUUUACCUGGGUUUAUUGCAGAGGGCAAUCGACGGGCCGAUAUGCUCACUCUGCCGGUACAAGUUUUACCUGACCGUAUUGCGCAAGCUAAGCUUAGUCAUUCCUUUUUCCAUCAGAAUGCAGGGGGCCUCAAACAUCAGUUUGGCCUCACUUCUCAGCAAGCGGCGAACAUUAUCGCUGUCUGCCCUGAUUGUCAAAAACAUUCUUUUCCUACGGCACCAGGUGGGGUUAAUCCCAGAGGCUUACAAAGCCUGCAAUUAUGGCAGACGGAUGUCACACACUAUCCAGAAUUUGGGAGAUUAAAAUACGUCCAUUCCUCUAUUGACACCUUUUCAGGCGCUCUAUUUGCCUCCUGCCAUGUGGGGGAGGCGGCGAAAGAUGUUCGCAGGCAUCUGCUGCGUGCUUUUGCUACCUUAGGCAUCCCUGCACAAAUCAAAACAGACAAUGGCCCUGCUUAUAUCUCGGCUGCACUUAAAACCUUUUUUAUCUCUUGGGGGAUCACUCACAUCACUGGGAUCCCGCAUUCCCCUACGGGCCAGUCCCUGAUUGAACGCUCUCAUCAGUCUUUAAAGCGCUUGUUACAGCAACAGAAAGGGGGAGUAGGGACAGCCACCCCUGAAGAACGUCUACAGAAAGCCUUGUAUGUUUUUAACUUUUUAAAUUGUUCUUUAAUAGAUAACAACCCUCCGAUCGUUAAGCUAUGGAAUCGCUGGGAGGUUUUUUUCGCCUCGCUAUUUACCCCUGGGGUGGCAGCAGUGAGAGCCCAAAGAGACUUAGAUGCAAUUGCCUGUUGGGUGGUUAAGCAAGCAAAUGCUACCAGCCGCAUACUAUCUGAGAUGGCUGAAGACUUGUCCACGGUACAACACGCAGUCCUGCAAAACAGAGCCGCUAUUGACUUCUUGCUACUGGCCCACAGACAUGGCUGUGAGGACUUUGACGGAAUGUGCUGCAUGGACUUAGAGGACCACUCUUCUUCGAUACAUAAGCAAAUUACACAACUCCUCACGCAUUCACAAAAGGUGCAAUCUGAUACAGACUUCUUCGGAUUGGGUGCUUUGGGUGAUUGGUUUGGGCUAAAGGGCUGGCUUAGGAGCCUGGUACAAUCUGCUGUACUCAUAUUAGUUGUUAUAUUGGUAGGCCUUUUGAUUCUAAGCUGCGUUCUUUCCUGUGUCAGGUCUUUGGCGACUAAAGUUGUUCGACAUACAUGGUUUAUUCAAAACGGCGAUAUUCCGAAGAUUUACGAUAGUGUUAGUUCUGUCCAGCUCACUGAGUAUGAUGACCUUUAAACCCGCGCCUCAGUUCUGCCUUUAAAGAAACAAAAAGGGGGGAGAUGUCGGGUCUGCCAGCGGAAAAGUACAAGUAUGCAAGAAACUCGAGGGCAUGCCGACCUUGCAGACCUGAGACAAAUAGCUCUGAGGAGUCAGGGAACAGCUGGCCUUGCAGACCCGAGACAAAUAACCUUGAGGAAGUAGGGAGUUAAGCAACAAGUUAUAACUGUAGCUUCUAGCACAUAGCAAACCUGUAGCUUCUAGCAUGUAGCGAAACCGCAAGUAGGAGGGAUUAUUGUAAUGAAACAUUUAGAGCUAAGCCAAUCAGAAAUGAUAGAAUUUAUGUAACUGUUAAGUAGCUGUAUAAAAGGCUUUCUGACGCGUCUAAUAAACUGACA